CGGGGCUGGGCAUCUCCCCAGGCACCGCCCCCUCCCCUGGACAGCCAGCUCUUGCCAUCCACCAAUGGGCGGCCUGGGUUUCUCCAACACCUCACGGGGCAGGGCGGAGGCGGGCCGCCCGCCUGCCUCUCUUCCCCGGCCCCGCCCAGUUCCCGCCCCCUCCCCAAUGAGAACUGGCCACGCCCCUGACUUGGGGGCGCGGUCUCCAAGCCCCGGCUGCCUGGUCAGAGGCGACCAUUCCCCCUCUAGUACUUCGCUUCUGGCGCCCCCUUAUACUGGAGUCUUACGACGUGGCUUGAGGGAUGCUUACAUCCCCCAAAUCUCGGUUUCCUCCACCACUCCCACCCAAAAUAAACACAGAAGCUACCUAAAACUUGGGUGCUUGCUACGCUAAUGCCCCCUCAAGACCAUGCCCGAGUCCUCCUGCCAAUCAAAUGCUCCCCCCAAUAUAGAAAUUCUAGAGCCACUUCAAGUGUGCAAUGGGUGACCCAGAACCUGGCUAUUGCCGCCCUCAGAUCUCGCCCCCUCAGGAUCUUGCCUCGGGGGCCAGGGGUUUAAAAAAUGGCAGGCACCUGAGGUGCCACAACCCCUACCCACCCCUAUGCCCGGGCUCCAAAUGCUUCAAUGCUUCGUUGGUCUAGGCCGUGGACACACCAACCAGGUUUCUUCCUAGGGGUUUCAUCCACUCAUGCGAGGUGGGAGGGCUCUGGUGGCUCCUCCUCCCACCACCUAGUGUUGCCCGCGGUUUCCAUGGCUCCUUGGAGCCAGGAUUGUGGCGGGCAGCUGAGAGGCGCCAAGGCCCUCAGAGAGGCUCCUGUCCCCAGCUCUGCUCUGGGCACCAGGCUCUGAGGGGGUAAGUUAGGCCCAUCUUCCCCCAAGCCCUCUACCCCCAGGAAACCAGGAGUCCCUACCUCCCAGUGAGGAAGCAGCUUUCUCUUUUUCUGAAGAGAAAUAGGAGCCAUCUCCCAGCUCCUUAACUCUCCAAAAUCUGGAGUCAGGCAGCCAUUGGGCUUGAGAUUCUACCAGUAAGUCUUCUUUCUUUUGUCUCUUUCUUCCUAAAAGAACUCACACCUGAGCAGAAUGUGAAACAGGGUAUCAAAUAACCUACCAACCAACCCACUGCAACUGAGCGGAUUCCGAUUCACAGCCACCCCAUAGGGCUUCCGAGGCUGUAAAUCUCUAAGGAAGCAGACUGCCACAACUUUCUCCCGUGGAGCUGCUGGUGGUUUCUAACCACUGAUCUUUCGGUUAGCAGUCCAUCAUUUUAACCACGGUGCCACCAGGGCACCAAAUAGGCACUUGGAAAAAGAUCUACCCUGAUGUGAUGUAUGUGGAACUGCCCUUGCACCACUCUCAUACUCCCGUGCUGCCUGGCAAUAAGUCCCUGGUAACCCCUGGCCCGGGAGCUCAGGGGGUAGACCAACUCCAGAGGUUUGCUCCACAGCCCUGCCCUGAAGACCCAAGCUCUUUUCCCAGUCGCCCGCCCCUGCCCGCACCAGGUCCUUUCUGUUGAGGUCCAAAGCAUGACUCAAGAGCACCGAGGUCUUGCCUCCGCCCUGUGCCCGGCUCCUAGCCACUUGGCCCCACAGUUCCUCUUUAGGGCCAGCCUUGCCCCUCUUGGUUUUUCACUUGGCCACCCUCAACGCAGACUCAGCUUACUGCCCCUCCAGGCCCCAGCUGUUCUGAUCCCUCUCCUGUCCUGCUGCUCAUGCUCUCUCCUCUGUCUGCCACAUCCAUUUUUCUCUUCUCUAGGGGUAGUUAAUUCACCUUCAAGCCUCAGCCCCAGGGUUACCUCCCCUGGAAAACCUUCCUGGGAGCCCCUAGGAGAGUCAGGUUCCCAUUUCCUGGGCUGCAGGGACCUGGGCCUGGAGGGAGGGGAGAGUAGUCAAGGUGUCUAGAGGCGAGAGGGCCUGGUGGAUGGCAGUGCCAUCCUGAGGUGGGAGCAGGUCUGGGUAUAUGAGGAAUGGGCACAUCAGGGCGAGGGGAGGGGAGGUUCAGCCUAGUUCUUCUUUCUGCUCAGGUGGAGACAGCCUUCCAGGACUGGGCCACACACCCUCCAUGCCAUCACGGAGCCUGGGCCUGGCUACCUGGCGCUCAGGCUUGGGAGGAAGGAGACAGUGGUAGGACUCUGAGGCCCUGGAGGUAAGAAGAGUGGGGAUAGGAGGAGUGUGAGGGGAUAAUACCCACCGAGUAGUCCUUGUCUGCCUCAUGAGUUACCACAAGCUGGUGGGGAGUGGGUGUCAGGGCCCCUGUGUUACAGCUGCAGUUAUGGCAACUGGAGAGGUAUCCGAGCAAGGAGUUUGGGGGCUUCUGACCCCCACAUCACAGCUAAACUAUGUUGUUGUUGUCGUUAGGUGCCAUUGAGUUGACUUCUACUCAUAGCUACCCCACGUGACAGAGUAGAACUGCCCCGUAGGGUUUUCUAGGCUGCGAUGGCAGUGGGUGGGUAAUCUUUUUUUUUAAUUUUAUUGUAUUUUAGGUGAAAGUUUACAGUGCAAGUUAGCUUUUCACUCAAAAAUUUAUACACAAACCGUUUUGGGAUAUUGGUCGCAACCCCUGCAAUGUGUCAGCACUGUCCCCCUUUCCCUUUCCCUUUCCACCCAGGGUUCUCCAUGUCCAUUCCUCCAGUUUUCCUGUCCCUUCCUGCCUUCUUGUCUUUGCAUUUGAGUAGGUGUUGCCCAUUUGGUCUCGAAUACUUGAUUGAACUAAAACAGCACGUUCCUCUCCUGUGUUAUUAUUUGUUUUAAAGGCCUGUCUAAUCGUUGCCUGAAAGGUGGACUUCACGAGUGGCUUCAAUUCUGAGUUACCAGGGUAUCCGGAGGGCAUAGUGUCAGGGGCUCCUCCAGUCUCUGUCAGACUCAUAAGCCUGGUCUUUUUCUGUGAAUUUGAAUUUUGUUCUACUUUUUUUUCUCCUGCUCUGUCCGCGACCCUCUAUUGUGAUCUCUGUCAGAGCAAUCAUAGGCUGGAAUCUUUACGGGAGCAGAUCGCCAGGUCUUUCUCCUGCAGAGCUGCUGGGUGGGUUCAAACCCCAUACCUUUUUCUUAGCAGCCAAGCACUUAACCGUUGUGCCACCAGGGCUCCUUUAGCUAAACUGUGCUGGCCCUGAAAUGUUCCCCUGGCCCCUACUGUUUCCUAACCACUGCCCACCAGACUCACACACCUGGAAGGGGAGCGCUGCAGGGCAGCAGGGUGGGUGAGUGUGCGCUCUAGUGCCGGACAGCGCUGGGUGGGAAUCCCCAUUCUGCAGGGACUCCCUGCAGCAGGGGCGGAUUAACCAGCAAGCAAGGUAGGCACGGGCUUAAUUGUGUUUACUUAUCAUCUGUAGUGCACAGUUUCAUAUGGGUCUCAGAACAUCUUUAACACGGUAAGGAACAGGUGAAAUUGUGCACUACAGAUGAGUAAGCAAGAAGAAGUAAUCCUGUGCCUACCUUGCUUACUGGGCCGUUCUUCCCUGCCCUGCAGUGACCAGGGGCAACUGAAUGCCCCCUCUGAGCUUCAGCGGCACAGCCCCCAGCCGGGUACCCGUGAGUGUGAAAUGAGGUGGUGUUUAUUCAGUAGGUGGCCUGGCUGGCAGUCAGCACCCACAGCACACGGGAACAGUUAGAACUGAGAACUGUUUAGUGGUGCCGAGGCUGGGGUUUAUCUGAAGUUGGAAUAACCAGAGAGAACCCUGGGCCAAGGGGGUGGGGCUGAGUGCAUGCUCACCCCAGGGACUCAGUUUCUGCAUCUGAGGAGGGGGCUCAAAGGUGGGUGUUCUAGGAGGAAGGGACUGCUCCAGCUUUAGACUCCAGUCUGUUCUGUACUCAGGGCCCACUGAGGCAGAGCCCAUGGAUCUCAUGUCUGGCCCCACAUGCUGUCCCCGGCACUCCUGUAACCUCUGGCCACUGAACCAAGACUGCCCACGGAGCCCCACCGAGGGGUGCAGGUGAGCCUGGGGAUGGCAGGCACAGCAGCCCUCUGGUACCCUGCUGGCAGUCUGACUCCUCUCUCCCUGGCAGGUGCCCAGACAGAGCCCCUGAGUGGGACCGGUGGCAGUCAGAGAAGGACCUGCGGGUGUGGCUUGCGGAGAGCAGGUGGCAGCGGGCAGGGCUGGCCGGCCGUCUGCGGGCAGCGCUGGAGGCCCUGUCAGAGCAGGCCUGGGUGCUGCAGAGGCGGGAAUGCCAGCUGGACCGAGGCCGGGCCCUGUGUGAGCUGCUGACUCUGAAGCAGAAGGUGAGGCUCCCAGCCUCUUCCUCCCACCUUCCUUGUUGUCCGAGGCCCCAGGGAGGCCCCUUGGGCUAGCCAGGUCCUCUUACCAGCCUGAAAGCUCCAGAACGCUCAGGGCUGGUGUUCACCAGUGCCGCGUUCUCAGGAAGGUCUGUCAGGGUCUGGAGCAUCCAGAGGAGAGAGAGGGAAGUAGAGGUGCCAACGGGGUUGCUGUGUUGAACAGUGUUGUAUCCGUGCCUGGCGCCGCUGCCUGGAGACGGGCAGCGCUUUCCUGUGAGGGAUAUGCAGGGCAGGGCCGGGAAUGCUGCUAGAGGCAAAGGGAGGGCUUGUGGCCCAUGGAGGGAGAGUAGGGAGGGUCUGGUUUUAGCUCGGUGGACAGAACAGCAUCCUUAGAAGCCCAGCCUCCCCUGGUGGAAAAGGUGAUCCCCAGAAGGAGAGAGAGCUCUGCAAGCUGAGGCUUCUUGGGGAGGCUACCAGCAUCCCUGCCCCAUGUGGAGGUAAGGACUGGACUGCCCCCUGACGGCCUAGAAGCCCAAGCUUUUAAUGACUCAGAUGUCUCAGCCCACAGUCGACCCUCGUGGAACCACUGCUCCUUACCAGGCCUGGGGCGACCCUCAGGACCCAGUUGACUGUCUUCUCAUGCCUCUCUAGCAUUACAUGACAGUGUCCCUGGUCCUCCUGCAGGCCUAAGCUCUGAAGCUAUCAGCAGGUGGGGUCAAGAGGUGAUGCAUCUCAGGCCCAGAUGAAGGCAGAGGGCUGCACAUCUGGAAGCUAUAGUGAUAACAGCUGGGUAGCUCUCCGAGCCAUGGAGUGCAGGUCUCCCCUGGGCUGUCAGCUGGACCCCUGACUGGGCUUAUCUCAGCUGGUGGAGCAGGCAGAGGCUGUAGGUUCUGCCUGCUUUAUCAGAGGCCGCAGACACUCCUUGCCUGGUGGGGUGGGGGGACUGGCCCAGCCCUCCCCAGGGGCUUGGUGCUGCCUGCAGCCCUCCCCCAGCAGGCAGAAUGCUUCCUGGCCCGCCUAGAGCAGGAGAGACACCAGCUGCGAGGAACCCAGGGGCAGGAGGACUGGAGGAAGCCACACUUGGACAUAGAAGACAAGUGAGGGGGUUGGGAGAUGGGGGAGGGGCGGAGUGGUAGAGGAUGGGCAGACAGCCCCCUCUGCCCCCAGGAUCCUGCUACUGCAAAUGGAAGUGGAAAAGGCCCAGCAGCGUUUGGACCAGAUGAGCCAGCAGCCCCUUGGCCCAGAGCCCAGCCUGGAAGCUCCUGCGGUAGGGAUGACACAGAGCCCCCCUCCAAGUGGGUGUGGGCAGGCCCUGAACAUGGCCCUGCCACACCUUCCGCCCUGCCCUAUGUAUGCUUCAUUCCCUGGUCUUCAUUCUUGGAGCAGUAGCUGAGAGAGGGGGGUGGGUGGCAUAGGGGGCUUCUGUGCAGCCCAGAGAGGGAUCAAGUCCCACCCAAUGUUUGGAAAGGCCCUGGGAUCAUCCAGCCCACCCCCCUCCUGUUACAGAUGGGAAAACUGAGGCCAGAGGGUGGGGAAGAGCUUGCUCAGGGUCAUAGCGCAAGUUGGAACCAGAACCCAGGGGCUGCUGGCCCCUGCCACAACAUGCCCCUUGAGGCACAAAGGGUCUGUCAAGAACACCCCAGAGUGGUCUGGAGGCUGGGAGGAGACCCCAGGAUCCUGGACUGAGUUUGUCUGCAGGAGAUGCUGGUGCCAGGCCAGCAGGCGCAGGAGCAGAGCGAGGCCAGGGCCCAGGCCCUUCAGGGCCUAGGUGGAGUCUCGAUGGGGGCGGCCAAAGCCCCUGCGCAGCCCCAGGACAUAACUCUCCUGCAGGAGCGGCUGGUGAUGUUCACCCAGGUGAACAAGAGACUCUCAGAAGAGCUGGGCCAGAGCCACCAGCAACUAGGGGCCUGCUUGGAGCAGCUGCAGCAGCUACAGAGAGAGCUGACAGUGUUGGAGGGCCGUGUGCAGGCCCUGGAGGCAGAGCGAGCCCGGCUGCUUGGGGAGAACUCAGUGCUGCUGGUAGCCCUGGGGUUGGCCCCAGGCCAGGAGGCCUGCACACCCCAGGUCCAGGAGGUACCAGUGCCCCUUGGGAAAGAGCUAGAGGAGAAGUCAGACCCUAAGCUUCAUGAGGCUGAGUACUGGAAGGCAUGCUGGCACCAGGUGGUUGUUGCCCUGAAAUUUAAAGAGGAGGAGCUGCAGAGAGUCCAGAGGCAGAGCGGGGCCUGGCCUCCCCAGACCCCAGUGUCGGCCCAGGACUCAGCUUCAGUGAGCAGGUGGGUGCCCCAGGCCCUGGACCUGCCCAGUGAGGGUGGUGGAGAGUGCAGGCCCUGGGUCAUGAGCAGGAGUCCUGUGGGGAGUGGCGAUGGGCCACACUCACAGCAGCGCUCUUUCAGCAGGGCGGAGGCUCUCAGGGAGAUGGGACAGCAGCUGGAUAGAGUUCCAACGAAGCCCACACUGCAUCCACAUCUGGCUGGCCAAGGGGUGAGAGAGCCUGUGUCUCCAGAGCUCUGCAGCUCCACUGCCAUCCCUGACUGCCAGCUCCUUCCACCCCUACCCUCUCUACCUCAAUCUGUCUGUCUUCCUUUUCAAUCCCAGGAUUUAGUGGUCUUCUAAACCCAGAAACCCAUUGCCAUCUAGUCAAUUCUGAGUCACAGUAAUGCUAAAGGGCAGAACAGAACUGCCCUAUAGGGUUUCCACGGCUGUACUCUUUGUGGAAGCAAACUGCCAUAUAUUUCUCCUGCAGAGCGGCUGGUGGGUUCAAACUGCUGACCUUUCAGUUAGCAGCUGAGUGCUUAACUACUGUGCUACUAAGGCUCCUUCACUGUCCACACAUUAGUGGUUAAGACUGUGGGCUCAGAACCCUGAAUACUGUGUUUAGAUCCCAGCUCCACAACAUACUAGCUGUGUGACUCUAGGCCUCAUCUGUAGAAAGGAGAACAAUAACAGUUCCCUGCCCUGCAUUGGGUGGCCCUGAGGAUUAAACGCACCAAAGAACAGAGCCCUGGUGGUGUAGUAGUUAACAUCUUGGCUGCUAACCAAAAGGUCGGCAGUUUAAAUCCUCCAGCUGCUCCUUGGAUACCUUAUGGGGCAGUUCUACUCUGUCCUGUAGGAUCGCUUUGAGCAGGAACUGACUUGACGGCACCUAACAGCAACAGUAGACACUUGGUCCGCAUUCACGAAACGUUAGCUGCUGUUAUGACCCCCCUCGUGCUGCUGUAGUGUGGCUGCUUGGAGGGGAAAGUUCCCUUUAAAAUCAGAGUCCUUUUGGAGCCAGAGAGGUGCCAUGUGGGGUCUGAUCCCUUCACUUGCUUCCUGCCACCUUCCCUGUUGGAUAGUUUUGGUGUGACUUGGAAUCUCAGGGGACCUGGCUGCUCCCUAUCUUGGGUUUCUCCUCGUUUGACCCCAGGACCUUGACACAGCUGCGGAGAGGCUGGAGUGUCCACAGGAGGAACUGCCGUGAGUGGGGCAAGUGCCACUCAGUGAGCCCCCAGCGCCUUGUCCACAUCCAGGAAAGGGAGGGCAGGCCUGCGCCCAGGCUGAAGACCAGGCUCUUUUAUGCAGGCCGGAACCUGCCCAGAGCCAAAAGCCUGUGUGCGGGUGGGGCAUCUGCAGGCAUGAGAGGAUGGGGUGGGCGUCCCCUCAGAUGGGGAUGUAAUCCACCCCCUCACUGCCCCUCCCUGGCCAGGAGUGGGAGCAGGGUGCAGGCUCGGGAGAAGGAAAAUGACCCAGUGGCCGCUGAGAUCCAGAGGAGGAAGGUAGGGAGGAGUUGGGGGCUGCCUGGGUCGGGUAGGGCCCACUUAGGGUCAGGGUCCCUCAGGAGCCCUUCUUGCUGACCUUAGAGCCCUUCCCAGACCUGAAACCAGGGACCUAGUGCAAAAGUACUGGAGGCUGGGCCUCUGCCAGUCUCUAGCCCCUUUUCCUCAUGGGGUCUCAGGUUCCCUGUCAGUAUAAUGGGCCCCCAACUCCCUGCCCUGGUGCCUGCAGUCUCUGGGGCCCAGGCCCAGGCCCAGGCCCAGGCCCAGGGGUGUGUCCACAAACAGAUGAAGACCUUACAGUCCAGGGUGAGCUGGAUGCCUGCUGCCAGGGGCUGGCCUUUGAGUGCAGCUGGUACUGGAACCUGUAGCACCAGCUGCUAGGGUUGAGGGUUGGGUGCCCCAGGCCAGUGUGACCAUCCAGCCUAGCCCCAGAAGGGAGGGUGGCAGCCCCUGGAGCAGACCAGGUGCCUGAGCCACAGCCACGUGGCCUCUCCCCACAGGCACAGGUCCUAGCAGAGACCCCAGGCCAGCUCCCAGAGUCUACGAGGGGAAGGUGGGCUCCAUCCCCACCCCAACCUAUGCAGCCCCUGUGGACGUGUGACCCAGCUUGGCUUUUCUCUGGGCAAUGGACUGGCAUUCCCCCUGAGUGGGCACUGGCCAAGCACCAGUGCCCUCGGCCUGCAGCCCCACAGCCUGCAGCCCCACAGCCUGUGAUGUGGCUGCUGUGAACUCCUCCCUGGGCCCGUCAGGACACAGUGUUUCCAAGAGCACAGAUUCUGGUCCCAACUCUGCACCACUGGCAGAGCCAUCUUGGUCAAGAUCCUUCUGUCUCUGGGACUCAGGUUCCCAUCUGCACGUAGGAGUGGUGUUGGAUGGACUCUGACGAGUUCUGACAAUCAGGGAUCCUAUGACCCUAUUCAAUUUAUCCACCGGGUCACUGUCCCUGGGCCACAGGCUCACGAGCUCUGGGUUUGUAGAGAAUUCUAGAGAAGCCAGCCAGUGUCCCAGCUGAGUGACCCUCAAAAUGGGGUGGGGUGGGGUCAGGGUCCAGUGGCUUCUCUACCUCCCAGACCCCAGGAGCUGCCAGAGCUGAGGCCUGCAGAGCAGCCAGAGCAUCCAGGGUGGGUACGGUCAGAAACAGAGAAGAGCUCAGGAGCAGGUGGGGGCGGAGCUGCUGCAGCCCCUGCCACAGGUGAGAGCUGGGCAGGGCCAGCCCUGUGGCCCUCCCUGAGAUCAGCUGGAAACUGGCUGGAGAUGGGACCUUCUUGGCAGAGGACAUGGCUCUGGUCACCCUUUGCUGUGUGGAUCAGGCACUCCAAGACCACGCUGGGCCCUUGUUUGCAGGGCUGGAGGAGCUGAGCCUGAGGCCACCUGAGAAGGGAAGAUGGGCCUAAGCCUGGGAGGCAGGGGGUGGGGUGGGGUUCAGACCAGCCCAGUGCUUGAACCAGUGAGUCAGGAGGGUCCUCUCCACUGAGUGCCAAGAGCUGAGGGUCAGGCUGCCCUGCACUUGCCCAGUCUCUGUGGUGGCCCUAGGGGGGUCAGGCAUUCCCCCCUUGGCAGGGUGGCCCCACCAUCACCUCCAAACAAGUGUGUUGGACACCAGGGACCCUGUGCAGGGAGGCAGAGGGGAGGAGGAGACCAUCCUGGUCGAGGUAGAGGGAGAUGCAGGGCCCUGAGUCUGCCCUUGGGGAGCCCUCAGGCUGGGCAGUACCAGACACCCAGGGAGCAUUGAGGGAAUGCCACCCUUCAGUAUUUUUGGAGUCGGGGAAAAGGAAAGAGGUAGGGGAGGAAUGGAGGAUUCGGAGAAAGUGUCCUGGGUGUUUAGUCACCUGUACAAUUUGGAGAGAAGGGAUGAGGCCUUGCCCAACCUCCCCAUGCCCAGUGCUAUUCUAUCAGCCUCUCCCAGAGCCCAGCGUUCCCCAUUACAACCCCUUCUUUGGGAUAAGACAUAGUUCCAGGAAGGCCCCUGUGGGAAUGGAGCUCUGAGACCUGGGUAGGGAUGUCCUUGGGGAAGGACCAGAGCGAGAUAGGAGCUACCCCCCUCCCACCCCAGACUUCCCUGCAGGAGGUGGGCUCGGAGCUGGUCCAGAUGCGGUCUGAGCUCCAGAAGCUCUGGGACCUGCUGAAAGCUCAGAACUUGGAGCUGGAGGCUCAGCAGCGGGCCCUGGAGGCUGCCCAGAGCCAGGUGCUAUGUACCCCCCACCCCAGCCUGUGCCUCUGUCAGUCUCCCUCAUGCACAAUCCCACAUGGCAUUCAAUCUUCCCUUCCCGAGAUUUGGCCCCUCGAUGCCCCCUGGGGAGGGCUCAGGCCCCGGAAUAUGUUCACUGUCCCAUCCUCCCCUCCCACUCCCAGGUGGCCAUGAGCUGUGCUGAGAAGCGUAGGCUGGAGCAGCAGCUGAGGUCUCUGGAGCAGGAGCUCAUGGAAAAGUGAGGACCACAGGGCGAGGGGGCACCUGGGCCUGAGGGGCUCUGGGAGAAGCAGAAAGCCCACUUUCCUUCACAGAGAUGCUCACCAGGCCCCAAGGCUCUAACCCUUCUCCUGAGGCUCUGGGGCCAGCGGGAGGGGGCAUUUUGGGAAACACUGGUGAGAGAGCUUUCUCAUUCCUUUGGUGGGGUGGAGAAUGGGGGUGGGGACACUGCCAGGCCUGAGCUGGAUGUAUCUCCUGAUCUGUCUUUUCCUCUCUUAAGUGGGGAGAGGGGGACAAGGAACUGGGGUAGCAGGGCACAGGGAAUCAGGACAUCUAGGCUCUGGGUUCCGGGCCUAGGGUGAUGAGUGAGAAGAGAGUGGCCUUCAGAGCUGAGAAGUCCUGGGCUUAUGUCAGCUCCACCACUGACCAGCUCAGUGAACAAGCCUUUACUUCUCUAAGCCUCAGUUUUCUCAUGUGUAAAAUGGACACAAUAAUAGCACCUACCUCCUGGGGUUAGUGUGAGGGUAAGGAUCACAGGAGGUAAUGCACCUGGCACAGGGCUAGUUUCCCUGUCCCCUCAGCCUCACGCAUAUGUGGGUCCAGUUGGGCUGAGUCAUUACUUCUGUACAUUCUGAACCAGGUCUUCAUCUUUGAGAUGCUGCUUGGAGAGUUGGAUGGGGUGGGGGCUCCCAUCCUUUGCCUCAGCUGCUCUUCGGGGACCCUAGGGAAGGGGGUCAGAGCCGCUAGGGGGGCCUGGGAGACUACCAGAGUUCUGACCGUCAGGCUGAGCACUGUGUCCCCAGGGAGCAGGAGCUGGUGCAGUUCCGAGCCUCACGGAAUCCAGCACUGAGAGGACAGGAGCCUCUAAAGAGCUGUGUCCACCAGGCCAUGCGCUCCCAGAACCCUGCUCAACUCCGUCACUAAACAGCCCACCUUCUGCUUUGAUUGAGGCAGUUUCGUAGAGGCGCUGUUGUGCCGUGGAGGGAACGAGAUUCUCAGGGUUGGUUCACCAUUCCGGGUGCCCACCAUGGCCUUCUGCAAGAUGUCCUCUGCCCUCCCCUGCCAUCCACAGGCUGCUGUGGGGGCUGCCAACUUCUUACAAGGCUUCACCCCCACCCUCAGUUGAUUGAACCAGGGCUAGGUACCUGAGCCAAAUGGCCAGCGGGCCCCUUCCUGGGACCACUGGAUUUGGGACAAGAGUGCAGUGUUAGCCAGGGCUGAAGACUGGACACACAAGACCGGGGAAAUGUCCACUGGCCUGUUUUUCACCGCGUGGAAAAAGCUGGAUUUCAGUGAGAGGGAGUCUGACAAUUCUCAAAGUGGAAUUGGGAUGGGAGACUUCAGUUCAACCCAGGGAUCUUGCAUGGCGUAGACAUAAACUUGACCUUUGGGGUGGCCAUCUUACCUUGCCCUGUGGUCUGGGCAGCAGCGUAAGCAGGUCUUCAGAAGGAGAGGAAUUGCUUCCAUGGGCAGAGCUUUCUGGGUUCCUGAGGCCAGUACAGGGGCCCAGCUGUCCUUGGGCUCCUCCAGACACUCAGAUGUUCCAGAAUAAACCCCUCUCAUUUUUACUUCAGCUUACAGUGGUCUGAGUGGUUCUUGUUACUUGCUAACAAAGGGAGAAACAUUCCCAAUGCUGCUCCAGACCAGACUCCUGGCCCUCCUGGUUGCCCCUCCCUUGAGGCAAGGCCAUCCAUCCUCAAUCAGGUGUCACUGUUGGGAACCCUGCAGUUGCUUCCCCCAAAGCUCCUGUUUGUCUUCCUGGCACUCAGACAGCCCAUCGCAGCCCAAAGAGGGGAACUCAAGCAGCUAGUCAGAGCCGCCCUCUCCAGUGCCCCCCGGCCUUCGUGUCUGGCCCCGUAUCCAGUCUGCCCAUGGGAGUUUACACCUCACAGUCUCCAAGUUCUGCUGGACCCCCAACUGUUCCAGUUCCUGCAACCUGCCCCUGGGCAGUCUUGUUCCCCUGCCCUUCGGUGGUGAUUUCAGACCUCCACAGCCCCUCUGCCACCACUUCCACGUUCUUUCUGUUCCAGAGACCCGCUGGCCUCUUUCCCUGAGGGCAAGGUGCCAUCAGGUUUGGGGUCCUCUCUUCCCUUCCGCCCAUCACUAUUAGUCCAAGGUCAUUCACAGUCGUCCCGAUCCCCAUUCCCAUUGGUUUAGGGGAGGGCGCAUGACCCAGUCCUGGCCAAUAACGUGGGAGGGGAGGUCUGCUGCAUGCCCCAGGGAAGCUUUCCUUCACUGUCAGCGAUGUUUGGAGCAGCUAAAGGCAGCCUGGUGACUGGGUUCAGGGUGGUAGAGCAGAUGGGGGAGAACCACCCUGUCGCUCCUCUGCCUCCCUCUGAUCACCGUGUUGGGCCGCCCCUUCCCCUCACUGAAAGCAGGUUCAGGGCAGCAGCUUUCUAGUCCAAUCCCAGCCUUGUCAUUCACUAGAUAGGUGACCUUGAGCAAGUCUCCCAACCUUUCUGUUCUUCAGUUACUUCAUCUGUAAAGUGAACAAAAUAAUUACCUCCUAGGACUGUGAGGGCAUAGUGGUUAAGUGCUACGGCUGCUAACCAAAAGGUCGGCAUUUCAAAUCCACCAGGUGCUCCUUGGAAACCCUACACUGUCCUGUAGGCUCGCUAUGAGUCAGAAUUGACUCGACGACAAUGGGUUUUUUGUUUUUUGGAGGGCUGUGAGUGGAAUAUUAAAUGAGUCCAUGUAUAUGGAGUUCAUAGCACUUGUAGUUGGGAACACAGACUCCGGGCUCUGCAGCCACUGAAUUAGAAUCCCAGCUCUUCUGCUGUGGGACCUCAGGCUAGUUACCUGUCCCUUGUGCCUCAGUUCCCGCAUUUGCAAAAUGGAGAGAAUAGAGCUAUGUCAUUAACGUGUAGAUGGUUAAGUGAGCUAAUUCAAGUAAAGAACUUAGAACAGUACCUGGUACACAUCAGUGUUCUGUAAUUGGUUGUUUCAUAGUCAAGUUAUGACCACCAGUGCUGCCGUGAACCUUCUUAUCCCUGGCGCAAUGCCUAGGAACGGAAUUGCUGGACCCUAGUGGUUAAGAGCUUGGCUGCUAACCAAAAGGCCGGCAGUUUGAAUCCAUCAGCCGCUCCCUGGAAGUCCUACGGGGCAGAUCUACUCUGUCCUAUAGGGUCUCUGUAAGUUGGAAUCAACUCGAUGGCAACGGGUUGAUUGCUUUUGUUAGUUAAGGCUCAUGCAUAAAGAGCCCUGGUAGCACAAUAGUUAAGCACUUGGCUGUUAACCAAAAGGCCCACGGUUUGAACCCACCAGCCGCUCUGUGGGAGAAAAGACCUGUCGAUCUACUACUCCCAUAAAGAUUUCAGCCUAGGAAACCCUAUGGGGGAGUUCUACUCUGUCCUAUAAGGUCACUACGAGUUGGAAUGGACGCAAUGGCACACAACAGGGCACAUGCACGCUUAACUUUACUGACUAAUCCCAAAGUGUUUUCCAAACUGGUUGGAUCGAUUUACAUCACCCGCCCCGCCCCCCGCCCCCAGC